AUGUUUAAGGUGUCGUCCCCGAGCCAGGCCAUGGACUUGGAGCAGGGAUCCCAGAACCUGAGCAUGGCCCUGGCGGUAUUGGUGGAAGCCGUGGCAUCAACAGCAUCGGCGGCAGGAGAGGACGAGGGAGGGGUUUCAGAGGCACUCUCAGGAGAUUGGUCAGCCCAAUGCCCCCGUCAGACUGUGUGCGAGUAUGUGGACCGAUGGACAUCCUACUGUGUGCCUCGCGGUGGUAUUAAUGGUGGUUUCAAUGGUGGACUUAAUGGCGGACUUGGUGGUUCUAUCAUCGAUGGUCGACUAGGUGGUGGAAUAAAUAGUGGAUUGGAUGGACGCAUCCAUGGACCGGCUGGACAUGUUGAUGGAUUGGGGGGACACAUUGAUGGCCUCAGUGGACACGUUCAUGGACUUGAUGGACACGUUCAUGGACCGGCUGGACAUGUUGAUGGAUUAGGUGGACACAUUGAUGGCCUGGGUGGACAUGCUCAUGGACAGGGUGGACACGUUCAUGGACUAAAUGGACGAGUAGGAGGAAUCAGUGGACACAUUCAUGGACCAGGUGGACACGAACAUGGACUAAAUGGACAUGUCCGUGGAGUUAAUGGACUAGAUAGACACGUUCAUGGACCGGGUGGACACGUCAAUGGACUGGGUGGAGGUCAUACGGGUGGACUGACUGGAGGUAGCUCUUCGUUUGGAACAAGCGGAAAUGCGGGCAUUGAAAGUCAAAUCUGCCAUCUGAACCCGGACCCUGGCACUUGUCAAAGCAACAUGUACACCCGUUACUACUACGACGGGCAACUGGGAGGUUGUCAUAGUUUCUCCUAUAGUGGAUGCGGCGGCAACAGCAACCGUUUCACCACCCUCAACCAGUGCAGACGGACAUGUGGGAGCGGAACUGGGGGACGUAAUGUUCGACAUGGCUAA